AUAAAUAUGUGAUCCAUAAAAACGAAAGUAAUUUGUGUGAAAAAUAAAAACAAACCUGCCCCCGGAACAAACGUGACAUCAUCUAAUGACACGCCCGUGUUCCCCUGUGCUCUGCGCUCAUUGGUCGGCGGGCCUCCAGGGGGCGGGGCCUGUCAGACAGCAGCAGCUAGCUGAGGAAGCGGCUCGGCUCGAUGGCCACGCCGUGACAUCACACGCCGCCCGGCCUCCAAUGACAGCGCUCGGCUCAUGGCUGUGGGCGGAGCAACGCUCAAGGCGGACCAAUGAGGAGACGGGACAGUCGUGACGGACAGGGCGGGGCGGCGGCGGCGGGGGAGGGGCCGAGGAGGUGGGGGGGCGAGGCGGGCAGAGGGGAGGCGAGACCGGGGGGCGAGACGGGAGGUGAGGCGGGGGGUGAGACGGGUCCCCGGUCCCCGCUGCCUGUCUUCCUGUUCCCCUCCGAGCUGCUGUUCUACUCCAAGCAGAGAGACUCACACAGGAGAGUGCUGACCCUGUACAACCCCUACUGCUUCAGCCUGUCCUUCAAGAUGCUGUGUACGGCUCCCUCGCUCUACAGGGUGGUGGAGGCGGAGGGCAGCGUCAAGGCCAAGUCCUGUGUGGACCUGGUGGUGCGUCACCAGGACGUGUCCCGUCGCAACUGGGGCCGCCGAGAUCGGUUCCGCAUGGAGGUGAGGGGGGGCGGCCAGGUGGGGGUGCGGGAGAUCUGGGCGGAGCUGAGAGGGGAGGAGGAGGAGGAGGAGGAGGAGGGUGAGGAGCCGGGAGCAGCAGCAGGAGGAGGAGGAGGAGAGGAAGAGGAGCAGAGGAGGAAGAGGAGGAGGAGCCAGCAGAGGGCGCUGUCUCCCCUGCUGGUGCCCACACACACACACACUCAGCUGCAGCUGCCCGCCUGCACAGGCGUGCGCAGUGUGUCUCACUGUGCUGUGUGUGUGGUGCUGGCCGUGCUGUGUGUCGCCGUGUUGAUGCUCCCCCUGCACGCGGACAGCAGCUCGGUGGUUCCUCGCUGCCUGCACGUCUCCACCAACCAGAAGCUGGUCUGCGCCUACACACUGGGUCUUCUCACCAUGGUGUUUCUACGGUAACCGUUGAGGUUUGUCCGCCGGUGGGAAAACACUGCGGACUUCUGAUUGGGCAUCUGAGUUGCCGUGGAAACGGACUGAGUGAGGCGGCCGCCGUCCUCAUCGGACCGACCCGACGUGACGAGGGGCGCCGCGGCCGACCUUUGACCUCUGACCUCCGACCGGAUCAGACCGGAUCAGGAGGAGGAGGAGUCUUAAUGAACUGGACAGGACGGACCAAACCACUGAAUGUGUCUGACCACACACACACACACACUCACACACACACACACACACACACACACACACACACACACACACACACACACAGUUGUUUAUUGUGUGUUCUGUUGCUCUGCAGGAAAAGGUUUUAUGUGUUAUUGUUUUAGUUUUUGCCCAGGAAGAGUCAAAACAGCUGAUUUUAUAAACAGUAAACAGGAAGUGAGUCUUAUUUCAUGGUAAUUAAAGGGUCAUUCCGGUGAUUUUGAAUGUUGGCUGCAGUUUUCCAUGUCAUCUCUCAGAUUCCCCCUGCAGUCUGAAUCGCUCUCCCCUGUCUGUCUGAUGUGGAAGCAGCGUAGAGAAAAGGCCCCGGGGCCUCAUUAACAUUUUAAUUUGUUCUCUCUUUUGAUUGAUUGAUGCUUUUCAUGACCACACAGCCAGGCUCCAGGUACAACAUGUAACAUGUAACAUGUAACAUGUAACAUGUAACAUGUAACAUGGAUAUACAGACAGACACAUUACAGAACACUGCAAAAAGUCAAAUCUUACCAAGAUUAUUUGUCUUAUUUCUAGUCAAAAUAU